UUUAAAUCUGAAACUGUAGUGUCGUUCCAUCACUGCUGGGAAUCGCUCGUAGUUCGCUCCGGCUAGCUUUGGGCUACUUUUUAUUAAACCGUAAGUAUGUGAUUGUUUUCUUGACUGUCUUGGUUUGACCAUACAUAUUUCGAAGCAACACUAAAGGUGAUCUGUAACCUAUGUUUUUGCUAAGAAACGUCGGUUCUGUCUCAGAUGUAAUACCCAUAAUCUAAUUCAAGUUUAACGACUGUAGUGGUCGCGGCCCCAUUAGACGUGUUUGCCUUAACGUUAUUUGUAAUGCGAGUUGUGGAUCGUUACUUUAAUCCCGUUAUUUCCGUGUAAGUGCGUUUUCCUGUUCCUUAAAAUGGAAGCCAGGGUUGUUCUUCAUGUUGAUCAUCAGUGUCGAGCAAAAACCUCCAUGUCUAGAGUGAAUAAACAAUCCCGGUCUGGACUCCUGAAGGUAGCAAAUGUAGUUUGUUUUUUUUGUGGAUUAGAUACUUGAAAUAUUUAAAAAUGGGUUGAUAGUAUAGUGAUAGUGAGUCAGUCCACUGACAUGGGCCCCUGUUAUAACCAGAUUGUAGUUUGUCCCGGAGUCUUUACUGAGAGCAUAUUCGUCUCAUGAUGCUGUACUGUGGAAAUGUCCAACUGUCUCCUUUGUAUUUGUGCACUGCUGUCUGUCUCUUAAUAACCCAUUUUAAGUGCCCUGGGGAGUGUUUUUGAUUGAUUUGUAGGUUUAAAUCCAUCCUCUUGGCCCUUUUGUGGGAUUCCCUGGAUAUGGAUAGCUUGCCCCCCAAUGAGAAUACAUUGGCAGAAGAUUUUUUUUCCUGUUCAGCACUGGUAAUCAACAGCUGAUAUCUCUAAAGCUUGAAUAUCCUGCCCUUCUUUUUCCUACUGCCAUCACUCAAAUGUCACCAAGUGUGCAAAAUGCCUCCAAGGCCGAGAAGAAGCUGAGGAUUUUUUUCCACCCACCAUCCCACGUUUAUCCCCUUUUUUGCCAGUUUAAGCAUUUUUGGAUCUAUUUUUUUUUCUUUUCUGGCUCUUUAUGUCACCCUAUUUCUUUCUUUCAUUGGUCACACCGAUUAAUAAAAAAAAUCCCCAAAAGACUCUAUUGCACCCACCAUCAGUAAUGUUUAGCAGUCUGGCGGAGAUAAAGAUGUCUCAGAGUCUCAGAAAAGGGAUGUCGUAGGAAGACAAGUGUCUCUGGGCGACCCACCCCCCUUUUCCUCUUAUCUCAUGGAUCAAGUGUUCCUUCAGGACUCCAUACCACCACGGAGACACCCUACCAGCAGUGCACUCAAGAGGGAGACAACUUUUCAGCCACCUCAGGGAGAGUCCUGUUGGCCCUGAAGAGAACCACCUGCUGGGUUUAAAGGUCGUGACCUCAUCACCUCUGUCACUCAAGACGUGUGCCAGCAUUACUAUGACCAACCAUGGAGAUGACUGCUACUUCUUUUACUAUUCCACCUGCUCUAAAGGUGACAGCUGCCCCUUCAGACACUGUGAGGCAGCUAUGGGCAAUGAGACCGUCUGCAACCUCUGGCAGGAGGGACGCUGCUUCCGUACUGUCUGCAAGUUUCGCCACAUGGAGAUAACCAAAAACCGAAAGGAGAUACCUUGUUAUUGGGAGAACCAAGCAGCCGGCUGCCAGAAGCCACACUGUGCCUUCUUCCAUGACAAGCCCCGUUACAUUGAUGGCAUGUUUGUCCCAGCUGAUAAAAGUCUUACUAAGAACAAAGAACAGCUGCAAGAGGAACCGGCUCCCCCGCCACCUGCCCCUCUCCCCACUGCAGCCAAUCCCCAGCUCAGAGGUGUCAUCAAGACAGAAGCUCAGGAGCCAGUACCGAGCCCCACCCAUCCACCAGUGGUGAUUAAUCCAGCAGAUGAUGAUGAGGAUGAAGAUGAUCAGUUCUCAGAGGAGGGAGAGGAUGGCAAGGUUGGCCCUUCUCCUAGAAAACUAACCAGAUCAGAUGACUCGCUGAACUUUGGAGUAAGCACCCUGGAGGAGAUCCGGCUGAGGAAGGCCCUCAAAGCCAGCAUGAAGAGAGCUGGCUACCCCAUCCAGAGUGCUGAAACCUCGGCCAACAGAGAAAAGGAAAACAUCCACUCAUUUUUUAGACCAGCAAUCUACGAGACGAGAGAUGGCCAAAUUGUCCUUGAAGAAACCGUGCGACCAAGAGGCAGUGUGGCAGAAAGGCUUGGAAGGAAGGUGCCCAACACAGAUGUCCCACUGAAAAGGAGUCUGGCAGAGCGUCUGGGCAGAGUUGUGGAUGAGGAAGAGCCUUUAAUGCCCCCUCAGAAAGCUUUGAAGCCUAUUAAGGAAAGACUUGGAUUGUCUGCUGGGUCUGUUGCACCUGCUCAACCAGUAGCUGGGACCAACACAGAAUCAAAGAAAGCUCCUGAGCAGAUCCGCAUCAAAACCCUAGAGGAGAUCAAACAGGAGAAGGCAGCAAAGUCUCAGUCAGAAGACAGCCCUUCAGUCAUGGCUCCAGAAAUCAGCUCAACCAAAACUAUCACCACAAAGACCACCAAGGGUGUCAAGCGAGCCAUCACCGUCAAGGACGACUCCAUCAACCACAUCAGAACGUUCUCUGAGAUCCUUCAUGACAAGAAGAAAAGACAGGAGGAGCAGCAGCAAGAGCAGAACCCCAGCCCUAAGAAGGCCAAGCACACUGUGGAGAAAGCUCCAGGCAAAAACCAGGGAGAGUCUGACACAGCUGGACCUGCUAAUGACUCUGGCAAUGUGGGGCGCGUUCGAGUAAAGACCCUGGAGGAGAUCCGCAGGGAGAAGGCAGCAAGGAUUCAGGUUCAGCAGGCCUUGGAGGCUGAAAACAAGAAGAACUCUGAUACUGAGGAGACUGGUGCUAAGAAACCACGCCUACUGCGCAUCAAGAAACUGCCACCCCAGAGCAACAUCACAACAGAGAAGAGUGCUGUGACAGAGAAGCCACUGAAAACUCCUACAGCUGCUCCUGAGUGAGGCCCAAACUGAAUGUGAAGCCGUCUGUCAUGAAGCUUGCAGUGCAGGUGAAACCAGGCCAGAAGAGGAGGGGAGCAGAGCGGUCUGCUGUCGCUGCAGUUAAACCUCUGAACAGUGUGUCCGCGGUGCUGGACGAGCCACUGCAGGAGACAGCAUGCAGAGACAGACAGGUGUUCCCGUCCUCCAGUGCAGAGGCCCAGCUGAGCUCUACUGUUCCCUGUAGUCCCAGCACCCUUUUAGACUUGGGCUCCAGCUCCAGCCCACUGAGAGAGGACCUCCAGACUGUCCCCGUCUUCAAACAGAGUCUGGGCCACGAAACCAAGCCCACUGUCAGUGUGGCUGCUGCCAGAGAAGCCUGUACAGUCCCCCAGAGCCCAGUCCUGAAGACUCCCACUCAGCCCAAGUCACGUAGACAGAGCAUAGCCACGGCCCGCACCGCGUCCACCUCCAGUGCAACCGCCACCUCCGCUGUGGACGACUUCGACGACCUGAUCAACGAAUUCACUGAGGAACAUUUGGAGGGGGAAGACGUGGACCCUAGCAUCGGAGAGGAAGACCUUCUACAGGAGCUGUCGGAGAUGAUCGACAGCUGAGGGCUCCGUCAAGCACGGUCAACACCCUGCCCCAACUUCACACCCACCACCUUGUCCUGUGACUCGAUAUGUACAAGAAGUGAAGACCAUUACCCACUAUCUACCAUGGAGUGUUUUAAAAAGACAUUUAUUUUUCUUCAAACUUAUUUUAAGCUUUAGGUUCAUAUUUGUUAUUUACAUUUUAGACAUCUUCUCUCUUUUUUCAUUUCCUGCCCAUAUGAUCGACUGAUGGCCCAGCAGUUAUUUUUAUCAUGUUGAUUCAUGAUCAUUGUGACAUUGUCAUACCUUUCAGGUCCUGAAAAGAGAAAAUGAAAAAAGCUCUGGUGCUGGGAGACAUUAAGGACGUCCCCUGUUUGUCAGGAAUUCGUGGAAGAUGUUAAAUGUCGGAAAUGACGAAUGUGUCGUUUUAGAGAGAAGUCAUACGUGUAUACUGUGUAUGCAAAAGGGAAGAGCAAGCUGAAUAUAGAAUAAUGAAUACUGCUGCACUUACAGUAGCCUACCCCCCAACUACUUGUGUAUUUUAUACCUGUGAGUGGACAGGGCUGAGGUCGCCCAGCUAGUUCCAGAUUAUGACGUUCAAAUCUAUGAAUCUUACUUUAAUGAUGACCCUGUCAACAAAGCUCAGGUCAGACCCUGAGAGGACGUUUCCAAAAUUGAUGUUAGGAUUGUUUUAUCUAUCAGGUAUAUGUGGUUUCUAGAUUUUCCACUCAGAUCUUACAGAGUGCACCUUCUGCCUGUGACUGUCCUUCAGUGGUUUUUAUAAUGUUUGAUUGGAAUGUGUGUUUUUUUUUUUUUUUAACCAGUUCUUCUAUUCAGUGGGCAUACUUUAAACAACCAGUCUGGGAUAAGUGCUCUCAUGUGUUUGUUAAUGAACACCUCAGGGACUGUUUCUGAUGUUUCUAUGUUCUUUAUAUGACAAACACUGUAUCUGUCCAAAUAUGCUGUCUUUAGUUGUCUUUUUGUGUUAGCAUUGAUUUAUCAUCGUGCUCAGAGAAAAGAUCAACUUUUUUUUGGUCUGACCCUUUCCCACACAAUUACUGUUCAAAGUGACUUGUACAAAUUACUGUGUAAAUAAAAAAGGCUUUUACUGACCUGCAGGAUCAAUAAUUCA